UCGAAUGUGAAAAAUCCACAGGUUCCCCCAGCCUCCUUUUCAUUCUCCUCCUCCUCCUCCAACUUUCUGUUCCCUUGCCUUCCUCCACUCUGAGUGACAUCACUGGAGUUUCCCUUUUAGCAGCUAGAUGUAUAUAACAGCAACACUGAGAGAGUAUCAGUCAAUCAAUCAGCAGGACAGUCACAACCUACUACCUUCCAAACACAGGCAACCUCUAACACCAAACAGCUUAGCUACUGAAGUUAUUCUAACUUGACAAAGUUGUAUACCUAUCGCAAAGAGCUUGAUUGACAUCGGAUCUCCCAGGCUUCUCUCGGACACUGCCUUGGAUAAGGACUUUAACGGAAGGUUUCUGCUAUAAGAUGGAAGGCGAUUGCAGCAGAGUGUCGGUAGACAUGGAGAGUGGCCCUGUGUACCCGUCAACCACUGUGACCCUGGUACGGGAGAAGUCCACAAACGCACACCGGUGGAGGCUGAGCGGUGCCCUGCUGGCCAUGGCUCUGUGUGUCUCAGCUGCACUUUUCAUUACCUGGCACGCCAAGAAACAAGAUCACGUCGAGGAAUCUGAUGAACUUCAGCAUACAUUGAGACAACUCUCUGGAAACAGGAAGGCUGCCAUUCAUUUAGAAGGUGAAUACAACGACAGUGGAAAAUACAAGAACACAGUGGAGUGGACAGACAAAGUGGGCCAGGGAUUCUCACAGGGAGGCCUUGAACUCAACAACAACGAGAUUGUGAUCCCCCAGGAUGGCCUAUACUUUGUCUAUAACCAGGCCUCUUUCCACGUCAGCUGCAAGGCCGACCCCAAGCACCCUAACGACCAGGAGAUGGUUCACCUGAGUAACACCGUCAAGCGCUGGUCCCUAAGCUACGGCAGCGAAGACAACAAGAAGUACCAGACGCUGCUCAACUCUGUACGCACCGUGUGUAAGAAGUCUUCCAACAGCGAGGCUGCGAGUGAAGGAAAGUGGUAUAAUGCAGUGUAUGUGGGAGCUGUGUUCCGUCUGGAGAGAGGAGACAGGCUCAAGACAGUCAUAGAGGAAAGGCUUCUGCCCCAUCUGGGGAGUGGUGAUGGGAAGAACUUCUUUGGCGUGUUCGCCUUGUGAGACAGACAAAAUGGCUGAAGAUAGAGAGGAAGGUUACAUCCCAAAUGCCACCCUAUUCCCUAUACUUUACCUAUUGGUGCACUAUAUAGGGAAUAGGGUGCUAUUUGGGAUGCAACCACAGUGUGAAGGAAAGCUUC